AUGAAGGGUCUCACAGGGUCUACACAUGGUGUAGUGGACAACCUUCCCACUUUGGGUAACCUGCCUCAGAGAUCUAGCAUUCGGGAGGAUGGAGUUCAUCAGGAGCAUGUGCAGGAUCUUCUAGUAGGGUCAAAAGAGUCGAGGCCUCGUGUUCCUGGACUUGAGAUGCUCAGUGUGAUUUUGCUCCAAGCAUAUUCUCUCAAAAGCCCAAUGAAGAUUCACAAUCCUAGUAUCAUCAGAAUUCUUAUUGUGCAUGUUUCCCAUGUCGACCCUAAUGUGUGA